AGAGAGAGAGAGAGAGAGAGAGAGAGAGAGAGAGAGAGAGAGAGAGAGAGAGAGAGAGAGGCAGGCCAAGCCACCCGGCGGAAUAUUUCUUUAUCCCACAGAAAGCAGAGGGGAUUCGUCGUCCUCCUCCUCUCGGACAUGUGGUGCACCCAGCAGUAGCAGCAGCGGCGGCGGCGGACCACGCUUUGGGCUUCUUUUGUCUUUAAUUUCUCUUUCCGUCCUUCGGUUAUGAGCUUGCUGGGCGCCUAUAAGAAAAAGACCAGUUACGAUGGCUAUGAAUCUUUGCAGUUGGUCGAUAGCGGCGGAGAUAGCUUCAGUAUCGGAGGCGGGAGCAGCAACAGCAGCGCACUUGGAGGCUCCAUAGCGGCCACCCUUGGACCGAAGGCAGGCCCGCUGAGAGAGGAGGACUGCAGCACCAUGGACAGCUCAGGUCCUCCGUCCCCAGAUAUGGAUGCCAACUAUGGCGGAGGACUGCUGGAUAUGGUGAAGGGAGGAGCUGGGAAGUUCUUCAGCAACUUCAAAGACAACCUCAAGGACACGCUGAAGGACACGUCCACCAAGGUCAUGCAUCAGGUCGCCACGUACACAAAAGGGGAGCUGGACAUCGCCUACAUCACAUCACGAAUCAUAGUGAUGACAUACCCAGCAGAAGCGGUGCAGAUUGGCUACCAGAACCAUGUGGAGGACAUCCGCUCCUUUCUGGACAGUCGCCAUGCCGACCAUUACACUGUUUUCAACCUAUCGCAGCGCAACUACCGGGGCGCCAAAUUCUCCAACCGGGUUUCAGAGUGUAACUGGCCGUCUCGCCAGGCUCCCAGCCUCCACAACUUGUUUGCUGUGUGUAAGAACAUGCACAACUGGCUCAAACAGAAUCCCAAGAAUGUGUGUGUCAUCACCUGCUCGGACGGCCGUGCUCCCUCGGGUGUUUUGGUCUGUGCCAUGUUCUGCUUCUGCCACCUCUUCAACAACCCAGUUCCCGCCAUGCAGUUGCUCAGCGCCAAGAGACCAGGUUCCGGCCUCUGGCCAUCACACCGCAGGUACAUAGGCUAUGUGUGCAGCAUGGUGUCAGAGAAGCCCAGUCUACCACACUCCAAGCCCUUGGUGAUCAAGGCCCUCACGGUGAGCCCGGUCCCCUGCUUCAACAAGCAGCGCAGCGGCUGUCGGCCCUUCUGCGACGUCCUCAUCGGAGAAACCAAGAUCUUCACCACUGCACAGGAGUACGAGAGGAUGAGAGAGCACAGGGUCCAGGAGGGGAAGGUGGUCUUCCCUCUGGGUGUCAGUGUCCAUGGGGAUGUGGUGGUUUCUGUCUAUCACAUGAGGUCCACCAUUGGAGGACGUCUGCAGGCCAAGGUGUCCAACACCCAGAUCUUCCAGAUUCAGUUCCACACAGGCUUCAUUGCUCCCGGAACCACCAUGUUAAAGUUUAACAAACCAGAGCUCGAUGCGUGUGACUCUCCGGAGAAAUACCCCCAGCUGUUCCAUGUGAUACUGGACAUCGAGGUGGAAGGGGUGGACAAGCAGAAAGACCUGACGCCGCCAUGGGAGCAGUUCCCCUGUAAAGACCUCAGUCCGAAUGUGCUCUUCUCCUGCCACCAGGAGCACCAGGACGCACUGGCCAUCGCUGAUGAGAUGGAGGGCUUGGACCUAGAGGAACCAAGCCGGCCCCAUGGCGGUCCAGACGGUCGAGGUCACUGUGAGGAGAGCGAGCCCUCGGACGAUGAGAUGCUCUCUCUCUCCAGCCAGCAGAGCAACGCCAGCACAGCUCCUCAGAGACCCGAACCCCCCGCUCCCACGCACGCCGCCCCUCCUCCUGCAGAGGAAGUGGAUCUCCUUGGACUUGACGGGGAGGCAAUCAAGCCCCCGUGUCCCUCAUCUCAGCCCCCUUCUGGAGCCACCACCACAGACCUCUUAGGGGACCUGUUUGGGGGCCCGCCACAACCAACCAGCGGGCCAUCCUCUGCCCAGUCCACACCGCACAAAGUAGCCCCCAACACCGCCUCACCCUGUCCCUCUCCUGCUCCACCAGCGUUUGAUCCCUUUGGGACGGGUCCCAUGCCUAAGCCUCAGGAGCUGAUGGGUUCAUUCCUGGGACCAGGUAACUUGGGGCAGCCAGACCCCUUCCUGCAUGCUGCUCGCUCCCCAUCACCUACCCUGCAACCUACAGGCAUGGGUCGAAGUUCCCCAGUCCCGCCCACCACCCCGACAGUCAACAUUCAGCAGCAGAAUGCCAUGGGAGGAUGGGACUGGAACAGACCUGCUACCACAAGCACAGGAGUGGGCUUUGGUAUGGGGAGCCGGUCAGCCACCACCAGUCCCACAGGCUCGGUCCACAGCACCCCCACUCACCAAACCAAGCCAAACACUCUGGACCCUUUCGCUGAUAUCGGAAACCUGGGGGGAAGCCUUGGAGGAGGCUCUGGCUUCUCCAGCAAGCCUACCACCCCAACCGGAACAACCCCCUCCUUUCCCCCCAUGGGCUCCCCAUCACGGCCCCCUGCUUCUCCUCAGCACACAGGGGGUUGGCAGGCCCACACAGGAGCCAGCUUCCCGUCUUGGCAGGCCGGUGGUGGUGGUGGUGGUGGUGGUGGAGGAUGGCAACCCCAGGGUCAGGGCCCGACCCCCCAGCCCAAACCCAGCCCCAGCCACACCUCCAUGCCCCACACGUCACCCCAGAACCGACCCAACUACAACGUCAGCUUCUCUGGAAUGGCAGGGGGUUCGCCCGGUGCGGGGGCCAAAACACAGGCUGGCAUGGGUUCCAAGCCCAGGGCGUCAGAUGCCAACUUUGACGACCUGCUGUCCGGUCAGGGCUUUGCCGGGACCAAAGAGAAGAAAGGCCCCAGGACUAUUGCAGAGAUGAGGAAAGAGGAGAUGGCCAAAGAGAUGGAUCCUGAAAAACUCAAGAUUUUGGACUGGAUCGAGGGGAAGGAGCGUAACAUCCGUGCCCUGCUGUCCACCAUGCACACGGUGCUGUGGGAGGGAGAGACGCGCUGGAAGCCGGUGGGCAUGGCCGACCUGGUCACUCCAGAGCAGGUCAAGAAGGUCUACCGCAAAGCCGUCCUGGUGGUCCACCCAGAUAAGGCGACUGGGCAGCCUUAUGAACAAUAUGCCAAGAUGAUUUUCAUGGAAUUGAAUGAUGCCUGGUCAGAAUUUGAAAGCCAAGGACAAAAACCACUCUACUGAAGCGAGAGGUGAGAGAAAAGUUAGCGAGGAGAGAACAUUCCUGCUGAUCCCAUCAUCAAAUCUUAAAAAAAAAAAAAGAAAAAAGAAAAAAAAAUGACUUCCCACCACCUGUGGUCGACACACUGCGCCCCCACCCCACAACAUCUGCCUUUAUACCUGUACUUUGACCCGAGCUUCUCCUCUGUCUGCACACAGACCACCCAUUGGAUCUGCAAACACUGGACUACAGAACUACAGUACCUGGACUAACAGUGUAAUCGUGAGAACAAAUGACUUCCUGUAGCUCUACAUUACCUACCAACUGUAUGUAUCUAGUGCAACAUUGUCCUUCCUUGUUGAGUGUCCUUAGCCUUGAAGCAGCCCACCAAUCAAAGCAGAGUCAACCGUAUGUUUAGCAAAGGGAUUUGAUUCUGUCAUUAAGGAAUGGAUCACAAGAGAAGACAGAGAACAAAGAGAAAACAGAGGAGGGUAAAGUGACCAGGCAUCAUACAGACAGGAGGUCAACAACUAGCUCGUCUGCAAGGCGCCGUAAACAUUUAACUGCAAACAAGCCAUUUCCUCACAACACAUUCUGUUCAGGGACCGGGCUCUACGCUUCAUAUUUAAUUAUGAGAAUAUCUGAUCCGUGAAAAUGUGAUCAUAUCUUAUCUACAGUUUAUUAAAUGCAGCUGAAUGCUUCUCGAGAUGAGAAAAUGAAGAGCAUAAUCAAUUUACGUUUUUCGAUGAUCGAAAUGAAAUUCGAUUGACCCCAGCCCUGUUUUCCAUCCCAAUUAGGUUAUUUGGAGUUAUAAAUUAAUUCAUUAUCUGUCUAAUUUUGAAAGUGUUAUGAGUGCAUGAAGUGUUUUGCAGCGCUGUAGAUGAGGAUGAAGUACUGUAUUUUGGGCUUAAGCCCAGACGUCAAGUUGAGUUGCAUCUUCACCGGCCUCAGUGUUUUGGGCUGGUGAUGACCGUUUUACUUGACUUAGGAAAAUACUGUAAAAAAAAAAAAUGGUUUGCUAUAAUGAAAACACGAGUUACAAGACUUGUAAAAUUACCAUCACUGACUGAAUAAUAGUUAUGACUGAUGUGAUCAAACCUAGUCAGGGUCACUUGUGUGCUUUGAUGUUCAAGGGGACCGGGGAUUGUAUAUUUUUGCAGAAGCACAUGUACAGUUGCAUACAUGGAGCCCCCUGAGGCCUCAUGCAUACUCACCCAUAUACAAACAUGUCAUACAUCACCAGGGCAAGGGCUGUUUGUAUUUUUGCCUGAUAGCAACCCAGGAGCUCUGUGAAAGCACAACUUGACUGCGUACAUAUUCUAGGUGCAGGUUUGGUGGAAAGUCCAUUGUUAUUUAUUUAUUAAGCGAUUUCCAUCUCCAUCUCCUGUUGUGUAUGAAGGUGCUGCACUAAGCUUCAUUUACCAUGUUUGCCAUCAGCUAUUUAAAGGACACAACCAGGAUUUGGGGGGCAUUAUGUGAAUUUUGCAUAAGGUAAUGAUCCAACAAUCCUCUAUCUAAUGUCUUUUAACACUACCGAACCACUCAUAUGAUCUUUUUUGUUCAUCUGCUGGCUCCUCAUACCCCCUACAAUGCAGUAAGAAUAAUGAUGUAUGGGCUGAUGUUGCGGAUGAAGAUUGAACCAUAAAAAAGAGAAUUUGAAUGAUUUCUGAACAGUGUCUGAGAGCAGCCUCAUGGGUGUAUGAAUGUGCUUUGUUGCUUCUUGCUGCUUCUUAAAUGGCUGAUUUUUCUUAGACCUUCCCAGCUGUUCUUACUACAGUUUUGUCAAAAGACUUCUUUGCUAAUUAUGGCAACAUGUAGUAUUUACUUUUGAUUACUUGAUGUCAAUUUGUUGACCUUUGCUACGACCAGACAUUCCCGUCACAGCACUGCCACUUUUAUUUAUUUAUCGAUAUUUAACUGAGUAAUUACCAUGCACCCUUCCUCUGGAUUAAAACUGAAGAUAUGAUGUUAAAUCAAAUGUACAGCAUAGCACCUGCAGUGUGGCUCAGAAUAUCAGCCGGUUUGAAGAGCUUUACCUGUUGCAGGUGCUGUUUAGAAAAGUCUGAAACAAACAUAAAAGAUGUGAACUAAACUCAGCAUAUCAUUUCAUAAAAACACUGAAUAAUGUGGUCACACUACUGUAUGACUGUCUCUGUCCUGCUAAGAGCUUUUUUUUUUUUUAUCAUGCUUAGGGAAAUUGUUUGAAAAUGAAAUGUAAUGAUAUAGACACACAUACUGUUCAGAGGCAAAAAGACAAAAUCAUGCUGCUCAGUUCGCAGAGUUUAUUUUGGAGAUCUGAGGUACUUGCAGGACACUGCUAUCAUACACUGAGAACCAAUGUAACUAUUGACUCAACUGAUAAAGCUGUACAAUCUAAUAAAUGAGCAGCAUCCUCUGAUGUAUGUCAGCUAUAAAUAUUUAGCUAUUAAAUAUUUGCCUUUUUAUGUUAAUAACUGAGCAUCAUGUCUCUGUAUCACAGUUGUACUCACUCUCUCUCUCUGUUUGGUAUAUUUUACCACAGAAUAAAACUUUCAGUUGUCUUUAAUUUUUUUUUUUUAAAUUACCAUUAUCAUCAUCAUCAUCAUCAUUAUCAUCAUCAUCACCAUCAUCAUCACUAGUCUUGCUUCCCAUGUUUGAUUUUGCAUUCCUUCCUAGGAUUCCUGUGUGAAACUGAGGACACUGACUGAAUACUGACCAGCUGAGAGAGACUCUAGAUUGCUCAAGGGCAAUGGUUCUUAUGGUUUGGCACCCAAAAUGGGUCAUGCAACUUUGUGUAAAGGGUCCCCACAUAAGACAAAGGUUAUAUUGGCCUGUAGGCUAGAAACUGGGUCCCAUGUUAAAGCGUGUGGGACGCCUGAUCUAGAGGCUACUGCUUUUGUUGGUGACUUACCAGACACAUGAACUGUGUAGUAUGUGCUUCUGUACUGUACUCUAUUUACACUGAGGACCUGUGUGAAAUAACCCCACAAGCUCUCUCGCUGACUGAAUCUUAAGGCAAUGUUUAUGUUUAAAAGCUAACCUCUAUAUUCUAGUCAAUGGAUGUGUGUUGUUCGAAACUGUGGUACGUGAGGAAGUGGCCAGACUUGAGUACAGACUACUGUACUGUACUGUAUGUGUUUGCCUGUCUGCUGUUCAAGUAUUUACUAAAAUGUGUAAACUUCUGUUCAUGUGUUUGUCAGUUCUGUUUACCCUUGCAGGAUGUACAUAAUGAUCAAGUGCAAUGCACAAAAAUAAAUAGUGAACAGAAUACAGAAGGGGUGAGCAGCAAUCA